GAGAAAGGCAUGUAGAGAGGUAGCCUUUGGCCUCUCAUAAUAACAAGUCAGAAGCAUAGUGCCACAACUCACUGGCUUAGCCAAACUCGUUAUACACCUUUUCUAUCUUCUCUCUGCCUAUGUGGUCCAUCCCAACCCAGUGAAGCCCUUGAUCAGGCCAUAUAAGACAGAUCAAUUUUGCAGAUGGAAUUGAAAGAAAGAGAUCUAGACAGGGAACUGGAGACAGAUAUGGAUUGGCAUCACGGCACAAAGCCACUUGUUCCUCGGCCAGAGACCUUAAGCUUCUUCUACAACUAUAACUACAACAGUCCAUAUCCAGGAGUGGAAGUGAAACAAGCAGCAUUGAUGGAGACAGGAGAAGGGUCAGUUCCAGCAUUAAUGGACAGCAGAAACAAAGAGAAGAAGAAGCGAUUAACAAAUAACCAGAUAGAGUUAUUGGAGAGGAGUUUUCAGGAGGAGAUAAAGUUGGACCCUGAAAGGAAGAUGAAGCUUUCCAGGGAGCUAGGCCUUCAGCCUCGCCAAAUCGCCGUUUGGUUCCAAAAUAGACGAACAAGGUGGAAGACCAAGCAGCUUGAGCACUUGUACGAUGUGCUUAAACACCAAUAUGAUGUCGUCUCCAACGAAAAGCAAAAGCUUCAAGAAGAGGUUAUGAAGUUGAAGGCAAUGCUAAGUAAAGAGCAAGGUUUUGGGAAGCAAACAUUUGGCUGUUAUACAGAAAUAUCAGGGGAAGAAACAGUAGAAAGCACGUCAGAGGGUCUAACUCUAAGGGGAAAGAGUAACAUUGAGCACGUUGCAGAUCAAGGCUACUGUUCUUUCACUGUGGAGGAUUAUAACACCACUGUUUCACUGCCUCCUCACUGUCACUGGCCUGCUGUGCCUUAUUAGUUAUUAAUUAAUAUUAUCCCUGAUUAAUCUUCCACAACUUUGAACUUGAACUCUGUGAGUACUCAGCUUAAUUAAUAUUAUAGUGUUCUAGCAAGAA